CUGAUGCGCUACCCUUAUGCAAUGCUACGCUUUGGCAAUAACGCAGAACAAGUACGAAAAAGUGAACGACUCGUAAUGGGGGCCCGGCACGAAAAUUUUCUUGUCUCAUUUCGUUACCUAUUGACCCGCUAUCUGUAAUAUUAUCGCUCUUGCACCUCAGUCAUAUUCAUAGCAAAGCACCCCUUUGUUUAUAAUCGUGCCCUUACCUCGGAGAUGGAAUAACAGCUAUCCGAGAGAGCAAGAAAAAAUCCGUUAUAUAAUCAAACUCCAAAUAGGUAAAAUGUCGACAGUGACCAUCACCGACAUCACAGCUGACAGUACUGCCGAAGGACUCUUCUUAGGCUCUUGUCCUGCUUCCGCUUAGGAUGAGUCAAAAAUAGGCAGUGGAACAGUAAACUUCACCGCUAGAAUCAGCACAAUCGUCAUCAUAUGUGUGUAACUGCAAGCGACUAGAAGUGAGAGUGUCUAGCAUUUGAGCGUGUGUGGUGUACUAAAUGUGUUGGGCCUAGAACGUGUAUGUUGACCUAUCAGCGACUAGCAACAGCGCAAUAUAAGAGUAAAUAUGCAGUCGUUCGCCGUGCUUGCUCUAGCAGCCCUUUUCGUUAGUCCAUGGGUUUCCGUUGAUGCAAGGAUAAAGCAUAGGUUAGCUGUACGCGGUGCACUUACUGGAGGCGCGGGAGCCAUGGGAGCAGGUGGCGGUUAUGUCGCUGGUUCUCUCCUCAAAUCCCAUGGACACGGGUUGCAGGCGCAUACUAACGGUUGGCCUAGUGGGCAUGGAAUUGGGCUAGGACAUAAACAUGGAGACCACGAAAAAGUUAUUGUCAAGAACGUCUAUUUGAAACAUCAUCAGGAGUUCCCGCUUCCGAUCGUUUCUGAAGAUCCAGUUGCCCCUAUUUAUCCUAUUGCACCGGUUUUGCCAGUUGCUCCUGGGCUCCUCCCCGUGGGAAAGCCAAUUGCCCCUAGUGUACACGCUGAACCCGCUGUCAACACUGCUCCCAUUGUACAUGCCCCUCCCGCGCCUAUAGUCGCAGAAAAGCCCACUGCUCCAGCUCUUACCGGUUCUCAAAUAGUCAUUAAAAAACCUGAACCUCAGUACAAGGGUCAUUAUAUUUACAAGAAGUUCGUUAAGAAUCCGGGUCAUCAUUUUGGUGUACAUAACUAUCAAAUCAGUUUUAGCCGUCGUCCGAUGCCCGUUAUCGUCAAGAAGCAUUUUGUACUGCAUCCAUCACCUAUUGUCCUUAAACCAGUCUUUUUAAAGAAGCCUGUUGCGAAGCCAGAUAUUCCGAUCGUCAAUUCUGAGGCAGCCGUCCCCAUUAUAAAAGAAGGUCCUCCAAUCGCUGACGCCGAAAUCGCUGUGCCUGCCACAAGGCCCGUCAUCAAAGAAACACCGGUUGCAACAGGGCAUGUUAUCGAGAAUACCGCCGAACCGGUAGCGGAAGAGCCUCUUGUUGAGCAUGGAGCACCGAUUCUCGAGAUUCUUGGCUCAAUCUUCGAUGCACCAUUACUUAACACUGGAGCUGUUGCUCACGGCAUCCCCAUCGCGGACAAAGCUUGUUAGUGAAACGUUAUAGACAAUGCGCAGUUCUAACGUAUUUCAGUUACAUAAUGAAUAUAAAGUGCUAUAUGUGAAAACUGCUUGACGACGUUUGUCAUUGGACGGUGCAACUUCGUUCUGAAUUCACUCGAGUUGAAAUCUGUAGUGCGUAAGUUAGCAUUGAUCAAAUCAUUCAUAUAAGUUCAUAUAUUACAAGCACUGCUUUUAGACUUCAUCAGAUACAGCAAUAGAAUAGAAGAAUCUUAACCAUGUGACGGCUAGAAACACGUUUGUAUCCUGUAUAUACUGUAAAAUGUCACCGUUUUAACGGACGCUAGCUAGCUAGCUAAACGUAUCACUAUUGUUCAUAUCGAGAUAGGAUAUUCGUUCAGCUGCCGCUUGUAAUGUCAUUAUAAAGUAAAUGACCCGAUGCAUACAAAGAUGCCAAUAGUUUUACUGGGAACUUUUAAACUCAUUAUCAUCCUCAUCGCCAUCUCAUGAACCUUCGUACUGAACACGGAUACUAUGGCUGUGAGUACGUAUGCACGGGCCUCUAUGUUUAAGUUUCCAAGUUUGUUUUUUUAUUAUAAAUAUAUCCGUAAUUUAUAUGUUGUUUAGAGUGAGUGAAAACGUUUGAAAAAAAUUAUCACUUGUGUGUGAGAUGUCGUAUUGUGAUUCAUUUUAAAUAAAGGCCAGCUGUUAUAAUAAUGUUUUCA